AUGUACACUUACCACCCUCAAACUUCUGGUCAAGUAGAGGUGUCAAAUAGGGAGAUUAAGAGGAUUUUGGAAAAGACGGUAAACUCUUCUAGAAAGGAUUGGGCUAUUAAGCUUGAUGAUUCUUUAUGGGCAUAUCAGACUGCAUAUAAGACUCAUAUUGGCAUGUCUCCCAUUCGCUUAUGCUAUGGAAAGAAUUGUCAUCUUCCGGUUGAGCUUGAGUACAAAGCUUGGUGGGCUAUCAAAUUUUUGAAUUUUGACUUGGAAGCUAGCGGUGAUAAGCGGAAACUUGACCUUUGUGAGUUAGAGGAAAUUCAGGAGGAGGCAUAUGAAAGUGCCAAAUUGUUUAAGGAGAAGACAAAGGAGCUAUAUGAUCGAAAAUUGGUGAAGAAAGCCUUUGAGCCCAAACAAAAGGUUCUCCUAUACAACUCUAAACUUCGUCUCUUUCCCGGUAAAUUGAAGUCAAGGUGGAGUGGACCCUAUGAAGUAGUGGAAGUGUUCCCUCAUGGUGCUAUUGAAGUAAGAAAUUUGAAUGAUGGGAGAACUUUCAAGGUUAAUGGGCACCGGCUUAAACCAUAUCAUGACUCCACUUUCGAUUCUCAUCAUGAGGUGACUUACCUCGAUGAUGCUUCUUAA